GGUCUGUAAAUAGUCGUAUUGCAUAUAUGUACACAUGGAUAUUUCGUACGUAAUUUAUCCUCAGACGUAAUACAUUGGGGACCCACAAGACGCCCUCUAGCCCUUUUCUCCAGAGCAGACCACAUGACGUCACGUUGUCUUCCCAUGUGGUCCCCGCCCCUUUCCUUGUUGUGCGGGCGGGUGGGCGGAGCCGCUGGGCGAGUUUCCGGUUAGGCCCCGUUGUGUGUGUGUGUGAGGAAAGAAACCGGGACACCGGGGCGGAGCGAGUAACCGGAAACAACGGAGUUUGAGCUUGUGUCUUUUUUUGGGGGGCACCUGUCUAGUGAGCAACGAGCAACUUCCGGGUGCCUGAAUGGUUUAGUGCAGGCUUGGCUGGCAGGGGAUGGUCUAGUGUGGGCAUCCGCCACCGCCCUGUGUGCAGAAGAGACCCAGGAAGUGCGGGGCCAGCGCCGGUGUGUAGAGGCCCGGGUUCCGCCAUCUCGGUGCCUUAUAGAUAGGGGUACAGGUCCGCCCACACCGCGGUCCGGAAGCCUCUAUGAGAGCCGACAUCUGCCCGGGACAUAGGUGGGAAGCCAAGCCAUUGUCCCUGUGACACUCCCCGCUACCGAGCCCGAGGAGACCAGGGAUACUAGAAGACACCUCAAUCAUGAAGCUGCUGUGUGGAUGUGAGAUGGUACCUUGGUGAUGUGAUCAGCUUAUUUGGCCCCUGAGGAUACUCUUCUGGGUCGUUUCUUUGACCCUCCCUCAAUUUAUUUUUUAUUUUUUGUCACUGGAUUGGGAGUCUCCUAGCAUCAGCUGGGAUUUAGCGGAAUAGCUCUUAUGGUAUAUUAACAUGGACCAUAGCAACAGGGAGAAGGAUGACCGACCACGAGCAACUAAAGCUUUGCCAGUACGGACUGGUCAUAGCUCCCGGCCAUCCAGCUCGACCACUUCCUCAGGGGUUCUUAUGGUGGGACCCAACUUUAGGGUGGGAAAGAAGAUUGGAUGUGGAAACUUUGGGGAACUACGGUUAGGCAAGAAUCUUUACACAAAUGAAUAUGUGGCAAUUAAACUGGAACCAAUUAAGUCUCGUGCUCCUCAGCUUCAUCUGGAAUAUCGGUUUUACAAACAGCUAGGGAGUACAGCUGAUGGGCUACCCCAGGUUUUCUACUUCGGCCCAUGUGGAAAGUACAAUGCCAUGGUACUGGAGCUUCUAGGUCCAAGCUUAGAAGACUUGUUUGAUCUGUGUGACAGGACUUUUACUUUGAAGACUGUGCUUAUGAUAGCAAUUCAGCUGAUCUCAAGGAUGGAAUAUGUUCAUUCUAAGAACCUCAUUUACAGAGAUGUUAAGCCAGAGAAUUUUUUAAUUGGUCGCCAAGGGAAUAAGAAAGAACAUGUCAUCCACAUCAUUGACUUUGGACUGGCCAAGGAAUAUAUAGACCCGGAAACCAAAAAGCACAUACCUUAUCGGGAACACAAGAGUUUAACUGGAACAGCCAGAUACAUGUCCAUAAACACUCACCUAGGAAAAGAGCAAAGUCGUAGAGAUGACCUGGAGGCGUUGGGACAUAUGUUUAUGUAUUUCUUACGAGGGAGCCUUCCAUGGCAAGGCCUUAAGGCAGAUACGCUUAAAGAGCGCUACCAGAAGAUUGGGGACACAAAACGGAACACUCCUGUAGAAUUCCUGUGUGAGAACUUUCCAGAGGAAAUGGCAACUUACUUAAGAUAUGUAAGAAGAUUGGAUUUCUUUGAGAAGCCAGAUUAUGAUUAUUUGCGGACACUAUUCUCAGAACUGUUUGAACGGAAAGGAUACACAUUUGACUAUGUUUACGACUGGGUUGGCAGGCCAAUUCCUACCCCUGUGGGAUCCGUCCAUGUAGAUUCUGGAACCUCUGCGAUAACAAGGGACAGCCAUGUCCAUCGGGAGCGGCCGUCACAGACCCAGCCCCUAAGAAACCAGACGGGUGCUCCAGACCGCCGAGGAGCUUGGGAGUUACAGGCCAGCCGACAGGCCCACCCCGCUUACCUGGCACCUCACCUGGCAUCAGACCGGCAUGGGGGAUCUGUGCAGGUGAUGAGUUCAACAAAUGGGCAGCUUAAUGCUGAUGACCAAACAGGUGGUCACUCCAAUGCACCAAUCACAGCGCAGGCCGAGGUGGAGGUUGUGGAAGAAGCUAACUGCGUGAAAAUGCUCAACUUGUGGUGCUGCUGUUUUUUCAAAAGAAAAAGGAAGAACCACUCUCUAAGACACCACAAGUGAACUCCAUAAUCCACUGGGGCGGAAACUAUAAGAUUAGCAUCUACAGUGUCGCUGUGUCAAUGACUGUAGGGAAUUGGGGGUGAAGAUGUAGGUUCUAUAUGGUGUAAAUCUUCAGGGGAAAAUUGGACAACAGAAAUCGAAUGUCAUCGGCUAUAAUGGAAGGCCGACCCAGAAGUGGUUCCUGAGUCAAGGUGCAAUAAUGCCGAUUCCUCAGAGCUUAGAGCCCUAAGUCAAGGGGCCAUGCCUACGGCUCAGAACGGUGGAGCUGCCAGGGACCACUCUUCCAAUCCAUUUGUAUUAACUACAUAGGUUACUGCACUCCCUCAUUGCUUGAAUGCAACAAAGUCUUCACCAACAACCCAUUUUCCCCCUCAAUAGCCAUGGUCGGGGGUUGCAUCUCACAGCUCCCUUGAUUUCCCUUACCCCAGUACUUUGGGCUGGAGGAAAAAGAAACUUGACUACAUUUUAUUUAGAAAAAAUGGUCCAAACACUUGCUCCCUUUUUUUUUUUUUUUUCCUCCUUCUACUCUUCUCCCUUUUGUAUCUCCCUAGAAAUAAAGUAUAGACGAUUUAAAGCAUUCCACAGUAGAUGGGCCGCUUCCUGCAUGGGUAAAUGCCUCACGGAAUCUGUGUUGCACUACUGGCUUUAAACUAAAUAUACCUUUUUUUUUUUUUUUUUUUUUUUUUUUUUUUUUUUUUAUAAUAAGACGUGUACAUUCUCUUGCUCUGCUGCACGUUCACCUCAGAGCGAGGCUUGGGCUCAGGUUUUAGAAUGAUGAAGCCUUGUCUCCCUGCUUAGCUUUAUGUAUACAGCAGACCACAACUGAUUAAACUGAGGAUAAGUAUUUAGUGUUGCUGCUUCAGGGGAAAAUCAGAUAGGAACUGAUAAAUGGACUAAAUACUAUGGGAAUACCUCUCUAUGCUUGAAUUCUUACUGUAGAUCUUCUUGCAAUGUUAUACUUUUAAUAUGAACCAUCAGAAUCCUUCAGUUUUUUUUUUAUUUUAGCAUGGUAUUUUAGACUAUACCUUUCCUACAAAACAAUACUUUGUUGUUUGAUUUUCAAUUACUGUGGCGGGUAACCAAUGUUCCCCCGUGUUAUAGCAUACACUGGGUUUGGCUGCAGAAAACUGUGAAUUUUUCUUUUGUACAAAUAUUUAAUCUUCUCUUUAUCACUGCUGGUUCUAAGUUUUCAUAUAUAUACAUGUUUUUUUUUUCUUUUUGGUCCAGAUGUUAUUUUGUUGAAUUUUCUUUGGUGAAAUGAUGAAGUCCAGCACUUUGCAUCAAUGCAAUGAGAAAGCAAACUUCAAAAUGGCCAUACACGAUAUUGCAGUAAGCCAACCAUGCAUAGGUCAGACAUUCCACAAUCACUAGUUUUAUCAUUAUGAUUUCUGCAUCACAUUUCUGUUGUCUUGUCAUUCACUUAGAACCAGGAUUGAAUCCUUCUCUUUUCAGUUUCAAGAUUGUGAAAUAUUUCUAAUCCAGCAUUCUAUAGUUUCUACUACAGUUUUUCUGAUCAUCUGGGAGCCUUGGAUUGCCAGAAGUGAUUUAUUUAUCAUGCACUGAUGAGACAGGGAUACCUGGUGUGUAUACAGAACAGAGGUUUCCUGCUGCUCCAGUGCCUUUUAUUAUUUGGUUCUGAUCAGUCUUUAUUUCAAACUUCCAAACACUGAAAACAAUUGCCACAAGGAUAUGCCUCGCGUAGAAGUUUUUUUUUUUUUGGGAGGUAAACAAAGACUUAAGUUAUUCCUCCUUCCGUUUCAUAUUCUUUUCCACAAGGAUGGAUCAAUCCCUUCCCCUCAGGAAACUUCAACUAUAAUCCCCUCAUUGUACAAAGAUCACUUUCUUUUUUUAUUUCUUUUUGUUUUUGUACUUUUAAAGGUAUAUUUAAUUUAGAGUAUUGCAUUGCACUGUAGCUAAAGGGGGAUUUUUUUAAGCUGUUUUGUGUUUCUUUUAAGAACUUUAAUAAAUGUUUGUCUGUUAAAUGUUUUUGCCUGAGA